AUGGCGACGAGCACCGGGCUGAAGAUCACGUUCAAGGCGGCGGCGGUCGAAUCCGCCGGCGACGAACCCGCCGCCAAGAAACCCAGGCCGAGCGCGGGCGGCGGCGCGCCGUGGCACGCCCCGUCUUGGGCCGAUCAGUUCAAAGCGCUCGCCCCACCGCCCCCGAGACCCGAGCGCUCGGCGCUCGUGGAGCUGCGCACGGGGGGCGCGCCGCCGCCCGCGCCCGUUCGCGAUGCGCCCGCGGCCCACGCCGGCACCGGAGCGCUCGGCGUGGUCCCCGUCGCGGAGGCCACCACCAUGUCCAAGAGGCCCGCGGGAGGGCACGACGAGUACCUUGACGACGUCGAGCGCGACUUCAGGGACGACCUCGCGCACUUUCUCCAGUUUCGGUCGAGGCACGACCUGUACUCGCCCAUCUUCCUCGGCGUGCCCCUCCCGUUCCGCAAGGUGUUCAAGAAAGUCAGGGCGCUGGGAGGGUACGCCAAGGUGUGCGAGCAGAAGCUGUGGAUGCGCGUGUGCAGGGAGGCGGCGGGGGGCAAAGAUCUCAGCGGCCAGACGUCCGCAUCCUUCGCGAUGCGCAAAAACUACGAAAAGACGGGAAUGCUCGAGUGGGAAAGGCACCUAGACGGCACGUCGUUACCGCAGGACCGCGCGCCGGACCCGGACGCCGGCAAGACGUUCGAGCCCGUGGCCCCGACCGACGUCUUACCGCCGGGGAAGAGGGUGAGGGUGCUGUGGAUGGAGCCAAACGGGGAGAGCGCUUGGUACGGCGCCAACGUCAAGUCGCACGACGCGGCGUCAAAAAAGCACCACAUCGCGUACGACGACGGCACCGAGGAGAGCAUCGACUUUGGGGAGGAAAAGGUGGAGGCGGUGGUGGAUGGAGACUAA